GUUUUCAUCGUUGGUUUCUUUCUAAAAACUUAUUUCAUCAUUUUUAAGUAAUGGUAUCGAUUAUUUUGUGUCUAUACGUAUAUGAAUUAUGCUAGAUUGAUGUACUGGUGAAUUUCGUUGCAUAGAAACAUGGCACGCGUUCGUGAAUUAGUUUUACACACUGCAGAACAUUAUUACAACACCACAAAUUUGAAUUUGAAUCCAAAAUCAGAGGAAUGUCUCUCAGAAUUUAUACAUCAUCCUCAGACUUUAGUGCUUCAAGCCUUGAUUCAAGAUAAUACUAUACUUCUAUUUACUAAGAUGGUGAAUGAUAAGCAAAAGUCUAUUAUCUUCUAUAAGCCGGCUGCAUUAGACCUAGCUGCAGAUGACGCAGUCAACAGUAUAAACAUUAUUACACUUUCAAAUAAUGUGGCUGAAUCUUUGUAUCAUAUUCUGAAACAAAUAUACUCCCCACUUUUAGCCAAUAAUAAUGAUCUAAUUUCAAACAAACUGCACAAGAAUCUUGCCGAUUUAGAGUCCAAUUUAAGAAUAAUCACACAAGGGAAAGGCAGUGAUAAUACUGUAAUAUUGUCUGUUGAUGAUGAAAUAGAAUAUUGGAGAUCAGUAGUAGAUAAAAGGGAUGCCAGUAAAAAAGAAAAGGAAGGGGCAUCUGCUUUUCUUGAUCUCUUUGAAGACAUAUCUGAAGAGCUAAGAUCAAUGCUUGCAAGUAAUAUGUCUGAAACUAGGGAGGCAGUUGAAAAUGUUGGAGGACUUUUAGAUGAUGUGUGGAGGCUGUCUACCUUUCCUUACACUCAAGAAAGAAUGAUACACAUGUUUGAUGUAAUUGCAUAUUUCAUUUGUUCAAUUGUUCAGAAAACCUUUCCAUCUGUUGAUUUGUGGAAGGUAAAAGAAGGGAUCAAAGAAAUCGAAAUAUUAAAUCUUCUCAUGGAAAGUUUGAAAGUAAUUCAAACUUGGAUCAGUGCCUGUAAAUCACUUACAAAAACAUACUGGCCGAAUUAUGCUCUACACAUUUGGAAUGGAAAACCUUACAUUCCAGCUUAUUGUGUAAACUUUGAAAAAAGACUAAAAGAGAUUCAUGAAAUAAGAUCUACUUACACCCAACUCAAUAAGUUGCUAACAAAUUAUGAGAAGGAUGAGCUAAAAAUUCAAUAUUUAUUUGAACCUUUUGAAAAUAUCAAUGUGUGGAUUUGUAAUGGACAAAAUCAAGCAUGGGAAACAGCGAUUUCAAGAUUUUCUUCGAGUUUACGUCCAGCUGAAACAAAAAUUGCUGAAAAACUUAAGCCUAGAUUGCAUAACACGUCAUCUAAACAGAUGCUUUAUGAGUUUAUGAGAUACAAAGCACUAAUAGACAGACCUUUAGUAAAACAGGCACUAAAUAAUGAACUUGAAACAUUCGUUUCUUCUCUACUUUCUAUGGUAAAAGCAAUAAAAAAUCAACUGGAUUCUGAGGAUAUUGAUGUCCAAAUGUAUCAACCACCUGAAAUGUCACUUGUAGUACAACAAAUACAAUGGGCUAAGCAGACAGAAGCUAAAGUUAAAGAUAUUCGUACUUGUGCCGACAAAUACCUCGUUGGUUUCGACGGAACCCCUGAGCUUGUCAAACUGGCGGAUCAGGUACUAAAAGACCUGAAAACACUGUACACCCAACUCCAUGAAGAGUGGUCCCGAGAUUUACAGGCGCAGGUGAAAAACGGCUCGCUCCAGCUGUCGUCGGACGAGCCGGUGGUGCAGUUCAGCGGCGACAGCCAGCUUAUGGUGGUACGCUACGACGGGCGCGCCACGCGGCUGGAGCGCGAGGCGCGCGCGCUGCGAGCCCUGGCGUUGCCGCCGCCGCCGCCAGCCGCCGCCGCGUUAGACCAGCUUGGACGCGCGUUAUGCCAUGCGCAACGCCUGCAUCAGUUCAGCGAGGUCAGCCAGCUCAUGGUGGUGCGCUACGACGGGCGCGUCACGCGGCUGGAGCGCGAGGCGCGCGCGCUUCGAGCCCUGGCACUGCCACUGCCACCGCCGCCGCCAGCCGCCGCCGCGUUAGACCAGCUCGGACGCGCGUUAUGUCACGCUCAACGCCUGCACCAGGUGGCGUCCUUCCACAACACGCUAGGCGAGCGGAUGAUCCCGUCCACGCGGCCGAUGAUGCUGCAGGCCGCCAUGGACCUGUCGCGGCUGGUGCGCGACCAGAAGGCGGCCUACUGGAACGACACCGACCACCUCGCCAAGUACACCGACGACUUGAAGAGAAUCGUGCUCAAACUCGAGUCUCAGAAUACCUAUUUAACCAAUCAGCACAUUGCAAUAAGAAACAUUGUCGAAAGUUUACUGGACACUGAACUUUUAGCGCAACAAUCCGAAUGGAAAAAGAAAAUAAAAGAUAUCAGAGAUAUUAUUGAGAAGGUAGAAGCAAACGGUUACAAGAAUACAGAAUCGUGGCGCACCCACUGGGACUGGCAACUGUAUAAAGUGCUGGAAUGUCAGUACAUCAAAACGUUGCUCUCCCUUCACAAACAUUUUCCGCAUGUCAAAGUUGACUUGGUCCUUCGGGGUCACAUGGUGCGCGUGCAGCCGCCUAUGGAGGAAGUGAGGGCGCAGCACUACCACCAGCUGCGGCGCCUGGUGUCGCUGCCCGCUCAGCUUGUGGGGCUGCAGCCCGCGCCCGCCUCCGCUAACGCUGCCGCUUCUGCUGUGUUCGGAGACAUUGUGCGCAAACACAGCUGGCUCGGCAACAAAGCGGUGCAACAGCUUGAAGCGGCGCUGCUAUCUCUAGAGCGCACUUGCCGCGACUGGACGCGGCGGCUGGCGCUGGCGUGCGCGCGCGACGUUCCAACACUGUGCGCUCAGCUAACGGAGCCCGCGCAGUUUGAGGACAACUUCAAGGCUUGCAAAGCCUAUGGCCAGGCCGUGGCUAAGAUGACCUUCGAGGACGAAAAGAUCGAAUGGAUAUCCGUCGGCACGGCUUCUCUCCGACGCGAGGUUGAAGCGUGUGCGCGCAGCCUAUGGGCCAACCUGGCGGCCGCAUUACAAAACAGCGCGCGCGCCGACGCUGCCGCUUUAGACGCCUUCGUGGCGCGCGCGUCGCAGGCGCUGCAAGGACAAACCGCGCCCAAGAACGCUCGGGAGCUGGCUGAGAUCAGCGCUGUACAGCAGGCGCUGCGGAAUAAUAUGCCUGAGGCCAGUGCACGUGCCGACGCUGCCGCUUUAGACGCCUUCGUGGCGCGCGCGUCGCAGGCGCUGCAAGGACAAACCGCGCCCAAGAACGCUCGGGAGCUGGCUGAGAUCAGCGCUGUACAGCAGGCGCUGCGGAAUAAUAUGCCAGAGGCCAGUGCACGUGCCGACGCUGCCGCUUUAGACGCCUUCGUGGCGCGCGCGUCGCAGGCGCUGCAAGGACAAACCGCGCCAAAGAACGCUCGGGAGCUGGCCGAGAUCAGUGCGGUACAGCAGGCGCUGAGGAAUAAUAUGCCAGAGGCCAGUGCACGUGCCGACGCUGUCGCUUUAGACGCCUUCGUGGCGCGAGCGUCGCAGGCGCUGCAAGGACAAACCGCGCCAAAGAACGCUCGGGAGUUGGCCGAGAUCAGUGCGGUACAGCAGGCGCUGAGGAAUAAUAUGCCUGAGGCAAGUGCACGUGCCGACGCUGCCGCUUUAGACGCCUUCGUGGCGCGCGCGUCGCAGGCGCUGCAAGGACAAACCGCGCCCAAGAACGCUCGGGAGCUGGCCGAGAUCAGCGCUAUACAGCAGGCGCUGAGGAAUAAUAUGCCUGAGGCCAGUGCACGUGCCGACGCUGCCGCUUUAGACGCCUUCGUGGCGCGCGCGUCCCAGGCGCUGCAAGGACAAACCGCGCCAAAGAACGCUCUGGAGUUUGCCGAGAUCAGUGCGGUACAGCAGGCGCUGAGGAAUAAUAUGCCUGAGGCCAGUGCACGUGCCGACGCUGCCGCUUUAGACGCCUUCGUGGCGCGCGCGUCGCAGGCGCUGCAAGGACAAACCGCGCCAAAGAACGCUCGGGAGUUGGCCGAGAUUAGUGCGGUACAGCAAGCGCUGAGGAAUAAUAUGCCUGAGGCCAGUGCACGUGCCGACGCUGCCGCUUUAGACGCCUUCGUGGCGCGAGCGUCGCAGGCGCUGCAAGGACAAACCGCGCCCAAGAACGCUCGGGAGUUGGCCGAGAUCAGUGCGGUACAGCAGGCGCUGAGGAAUAAUAUGCCUGAGGCCAGUGCACGUGCCGACGCUGCCGCUGUAGACGCCUUCGUGGCGCGCGCGUCGCAGGCGCUGCAAGGACAAACCGCGCCAAAGAACGCUCGGGAGCUGGCUGAGAUCAGCGCUGUACAGCAGGCGCUGAGGAAUAAUAUGCCUGAGGCCAGUGCACGUGCCGACGCUGCCGCUUUAGACGCCUUCGUGGCGCGAGCGUUGCAGGCGCUGCAAGGACAAACCGCGCCAAAGAACGCUCGGGAGUUGGCCGAGAUCAGUGCGGUACAGCAGGCGCUGAGGAAUAAUAUGCCUGAGGCCAGUGCACGUGCCGACGCUGCCGCUUUAGACGCCUUCGUGGUGCGCGCGUCGCAGGCGCUGCAAGGACAAACCGCGCCUAAGAACGCUCGGGAGUUAGCCGAGAUCAGUGCGGUACAGCAGGCGCUGAGGAAUAAUAUGCCUGAGAUGGAGAAAACAGUAGAAGCCCUAAAACGCAAAAGUCACAUGCUCCGCACGUGGGGCGGGGAUGCAUCAGCUGACGGCAGCAUCAAGGAGUGGCAUAAAGUCCGCGAGCUCAUGCUGAGCCAGCAGCAAAUGUUUGAACAUCAGGCUGAAAUAGUGAAAUCCAGUAUGAGCGGUGAAUGGGAGAACCUAAACACAAGCGUAGAGGCGUGGAUGUCACGUUGGGACCAGAACAAGGCGCGACUGGAAGAGACGCGCGGCGCGAGUUACUCAGAAAUGGCCGACAGGUGUCGCUCUGUGUUCGAAGCACACGCGACCUGGGAGAAAUUCGUCACUGAUAGGGAUAAUCUUAUUAAAGAAUGUGAGAAAUUCGACAUGAAACUGGAACCAACCAAGAUGUGGGCAGAAGCUGAAAAACUUAUGACGGAGUACGUGAACGUUUGGACCGUACUAAAAGAUUACAACGAAGAGUUUGAUGCCAUUGCUGAACAAGAAUGGAUAGUGUUCCAAAAGAAACUGCAUCUGUUAGAUGAGUUUGUAUCGAAAUGGAGUGAUAAAUUGGAACCAUUCACUGUUGUCACCCUUUUCAUUCAGCAAGAUCUUGAAAAAUAUUCCGAUUUAUCGACACUGCUCAAGUAUCUUCGUGGGUCAGACUUCACUGAACGUCACUGGCGAGAGGUUUUUAGUCUGUUAGAAAUGGAAUAUAAGAAACCAGACACACUCCAAGUGAAAGAUUUUUUGGCCGUGGCUUUGAAUAUCAAAAAGCAAAUUAAAGCGCUGCAGAAAAUCUGCACAACGGCAUCAAGUGAGGCAGCAGUUCGGAGCGCUCUGAACGAGCUAGAGCUGUGGUUUGCAGGCGCUCGCCUCGCGAUCACCUACUACAACGACAAGUCUAAACGGCCCACGCCCAUUGUGAAGGACUUCAAAGAUAUACUGGCUAAGAUCGAGGAGCAGCAGUGGAUAGUGGGUUCGGUGUCGGGCGGCGGCGGCGGCGACGCCUGCGCCGCUUGGGAGUCUCGACUGCGCGCCGCGCGCACCCUUGUGCGGGCUGCUCACCACGCACAGCGCAGAUGGCUUUAUUUGGAACCGAUCCUAUCUAACGACGAUGGAGAACUAGGAGUAAAAUUCCGUAAAGUGGAUCAAGGCUUCAGACAGGUUACGCGUGUGUUGGAAGGAGACCCCAGACUGUCUGCGCUUUUGCAGUCGACGCGACUCCAGCCUAUGCUCGAUUCUAUCUCAGAACAACUUCACGCCUGUCAAUCAGCUCUAAAUCUAUACAUCGAUGAAAAACGUUCCAUAUUCCCAAGACUAUAUUUCAUGAGCGACGACGAUUUAUUAGAACUGCUUGGCCAAGCACGAGCCGGAGCCGAAGGCAGGGAAGCAGUCAUGCAGACGCAUCUCAAGAAGCUGUUCCCAGGCAUUACGGGGGUGCGCCUAGGUCCUGGGGACUUGUCCAUAACUGCACUGUGCAGUCAGUACGACGAAACGUUGCAACUGGACCACCCAGUGGAUAUAGACUGUCCAGUAGAGAUUUGGCUGAAGAAUCUCGAAAGUGAAAUGAGGUCGUCGUUGCAAAAUAUGAUAUUAAAAUGCGUAGUAACCAGUUCCUUACAAGAUCAAGAUCCAUUUACGCUGCCGGCGCAAAUUCUGUGCCUCGCUCAAAACGUCCGAUUCACCGAACAGGCGGAAAGAGCGAUCACUGCAAAGGAAUUGCACAAAUUGAAAGCCAACAUCGAGAAAGAAAACUCGUAUUAUGCAGCUGCUGAUAUCGAGGAUGAAAGUGAGCGUUACAAGAAACAAGCACUCAUAUUACAAUGUGCUCAUUAUAUGGUUGUCGUUCAAAGUCUAAUAGACAGCAACGUUGUGUCGACUAGCGACUGGCUUUGGCAAAAACAGCUGAGGUUUUAUUUAUUAAAUACGAAGGAAAUUGUAGCUAAAAUGGGCUUAGCUCAAAUUUCAUACUCCUAUGAAUACCUAGGAGUUCAUACUGGACAGUUUGUCAGAACAGAGCUAGCUGAUGAAUGUUUCCUUAUAUUGACUCAGUCUCUACAUCUGGGUCUAGUGGGUAAUCCAUUUGGCCCAGCCGGUACUGGUAAAACGGAAUCCGUAAAAGCUUUAGGAGGUUUGGUCGGCCGAUUAGUAUUGGUCUUCAACUGUGACGAGGCAAUGGACGCGGAGUGCAUGGGUCGCCUGCUAACUGGUCUGGCGCUGAGCGGCGCAUGGGGCUGCUUCGACGAGUUCAACCGGCUGUCGGCCGCCGCGCUGGCCGGCGUGGCGCACCAACUCGCCGCGUUGUUGCCGGCCGUGGCGCACUCCACUAGUGUUAAAGACAGCGUGGGGCUGCUCGACGAGUUCAACCGGCUGUCGGCCGCCGCGCUGGCCGGCGUGGCGCACCAGCUGGCCGCAUUGUUGCCGGCCGUGGCGCACUCUGCAAGGAGCGGUGAUAGGACCAGGACCGCCACGCUCAACGGGAAGCAGACUAGUGUUAAAGACAGCGUGGGGCUGCUCGACGAGUUCAACCGGCUGUCGGCCGCCGCGCUGGCCGGCGUGGCGCACCAGCUGGCCGCAUUGUUGCUGGCCGUGGCGCACUCUGCAAGGAGCGGUGAUAGGACCAGGACCGCCACGCUCAACGGGAAGCAGGUGCAGCACUAG